UUGACGUCAGUCGUACACGAAACGGCCAUCAUGGCGGCGCCGAGUAGAAAGCAGCUGUUGAGGUUUCUCAGUCAGUUGGGCGCCUUUAUUUUAACCCGCUUUGGAUUUUGGAACUGCUUUUGUAUGCUGAUGCUGUUUGCUGAACGCGCCGACUCCAAAAGGAAGCCCGACAUCCACGUGCCGUACCUGUACGUAGACAUGGGGGCGGCGGUCCUGUGCGCCAGCUUCAUGUCGUUCGGGGUGAAGAGACGUUGGUUCGCCAUGGCCGCCGCCGUCCAGCUGGCGGUCAGCACAUACGUGUCGUACGUCGGCGAGCAGGUGCACUACGGUGACUGGCUCAAGGUGCGAAUGUAUUCUCGAGCGCUCGCCAUCGUCGGGGGCUUCCUGGUUCUGGCCAGCGGGGCGGGCGAGGUGUACCGGCAGAAACCACGUAGCAGGUCACUCCAGUCCACCGGACAAAUCUUUCUGGGGGUCUACCUCAUAUGCGUGGUGUACUCGCUGCAGCACAGCAAGGAGGACCGCCUGGCCUACCUGAACCACCUGCCGGGGGGCGAGGUGGCGCUCGUCCUGCUGGCGGCGAUGUUGGGCGCUCUGGCCGUGGCCUUCCUGUCGGGCCGCUACGUGCGCACGGCGGCGCAGGUCCUCGCCACGGCCCUGCCGCUGGUGGUUCUGCUCAUCGACGGCAACCUGGGCUACUGGCACCAAACGCGCAGGGUGGAGUUCUGGAACCAGAUGAAGCUCAUCGGACACAACGUGGGGAUCUUCGGCGCCGCCCUCAUCCUGGCGACGGACGCUUGAAGGCUCACACACGGGACUAAAAUCAGUGAACAUGGCGAUCUUGAAACUUUUUGGUACCGUUAAAUAUCUUUGGAGCUGAAAUUAGCCUGAAUGAGAAACUCCAAAUCUGUUUUGAUGGGAAGAAAACAGAACUCUUAUUUAACACUAUUUGAUGUUUUUUGCAAGCUUUUGAUGUAAAUAUGUCCUUUUAUACAGUUGCAUUGUUAUUUUUGUCAUUAAAAUGAGAUCAUGCAAAUUCA